UAAAUUAAUUGGCUUACGUGGAAGUUUAUAGCGUCUACUAAUGGCGGGAUAGAUAAUGGGAUUUUUUUUUUUUUUUUUUACUAAUAAAUGGCGGCGAUUAGCGACUUGCUAAUAGCUGGACUGCGGCGGACAUUCUGACACUGGGGAGGGGAACUGACUUGGUGUCACUGACAUCCCCAGUGACACCAAUACAAUGAUUAGGGACUACAGGGGAUAUUCUGACACUGUACUAAGGGCACUGGGCAGGAAGGGUUUAACAUUUGGGGCGAUCAAAGGGUUAACUGUGUGCUGUUUUAAUAGGGAGACAUGCUGUACAGAGAAAUACACAGCAGCAUGUCCUGGACGGCAGGAGAGAGACCUGUGCUGUUUACACACAGACCUACCCCCUGUCAGCUUUUCC